AUGUAUAUGCUCAAGAAGUUUUUAACGUCACUCGCAUUAGUGAUGGCUGUUAUAGGCAUAGGUGGUUGAUUUGAGAAGGAUUUUAACAAUGCCCCGGUGAUUGGGGUUCUUACACUUCCUAUGAGAGUUGGGGACAUUGAAGAAGAUGGAAAGUAUACGCCAUUUGAUCCGGAGACGAUGGAUGAAGAAGAACAUUCGCAUUAUAUUUUAUACUAUUCUGUUUCGAUGUAUCUUGAACUAGCAGGUGCCAGGGUAGUCCCAAUCUUCCACGAUGCUUCAGAAGAAGAGUUAAUUCCUCUGCUCAACAAGCUUAACGGAGUGUUGUUUUCAGGUGGAGAUCUCGACCUAGUUGACAGAGAGACUGAAGAAUACCAUAUUUAUACGAAAACAUCAGAGAUUAUUUUCAAUUACGCACUUAACCGCACUGAUGAAGGAGAUGAGUUCCCUCUGUUUGGUAUUUGCCAGGGAUUUCAGUUGUUAAACAUCUUGCGGUCUGAAGAGAGGCUCCUCCUCAAGCACGGAUAUGCAGAUACUAAAGUUAACGAUUACUUGUACCCUCACGUUGACAACUACACUGAAUCGAGGUUGUUCAGCAUGAUUGAUCAUGGCAAGGAGAAGAUUUACGCUCAAGAAAAGGUAGCGAUCAACAUUCAUGAUUGGUCAGUCUACCUCUCUGAUUACACUGAUGACAGGCCUGAGCUAGCAGAAUUUUACCAAGUGUUAUCAUAUGCAGAAGAUGAUGAAGAGAACGUAAUUGUAACAGCAAUAGGUACUUCUUUAUUCAACUCUAUAGAGGCCCAUUCAUAUCCCAUCUAUGGCGUUCAGUUUCAUCCAGAGCGUACUUUCUACAGAUUUUCCGAGAAGAAUGACUACGUCCGUAGCCCAGAGGCUAGAGCUUUGUCUGAGGAUCUCAUAUUCUUCUUUGUCGAAGAGACUAGGAAGAGUAAUCAUACCUUUGAUAGCUGGGAAGAGCUUGACAAACUCACAAGGCAAUGUCAGAGAAGGAUCUACGGAAAUGUCGAGUUCACUGGAGAGUAUACCGUUCCGAUCUUGAUCGAUAAGGACUGACUCAGGCAAGAGACGCAAGUGGAAUCAUAAGUUCACCAGGAAAGUGGAAAGGAACAAGAAGGGCUGCAAGUAUUAUAUAUUUCAUUACAAAUUCGUUC